GGGAGGGGCGGUGGGGUGGGGCCCGCGGCGGCCAGAGUCCCGUCGGGCGAGAGAACGGGGCGGCCCGCCGCGGCCCGCCGGUCCCUCGGGGAGCCCGAGCGCCGCCGCUCCGCGCCUCAGCGCCGCCGCCAUGUUCUCUUUCAAUAUGUUUGAUCACCCCAUCCCUCGGGUUUUCCAGAACCGCUUCUCGACCCAAUACCGCUGCUUCUCCGUAUCCAUGCUUGCUGGGCCUAAUGACAGGUCAGAUGUGGAGAAAGGCGGGAAGAUAAUUAUGCCACCGUCGGCUUUGGAUCAACUCAGCCGACUUAAUAUUACUUACCCGAUGCUGUUUAAGCUGACCAAUAAAAAUUCAGACCGGAUGACACACUGUGGAGUGCUUGAAUUUGUGGCCGAUGAGGGCAUAUGUUACCUUCCACACUGGAUGAUGCAGAACCUGCUGCUGGAAGAGGGAGGCCUGGUGCAGGUGGAGAGCGUUAAUCUUCAAGUUGCUACUUACUCAAAAUUUCAGCCACAGAGUCCAGACUUUCUUGACAUCACCAAUCCCAAAGCUGUAUUAGAAAAUGCAUUGAGAAACUUUGCUUGUCUGACUACCGGCGAUGUUAUUGCCAUCAACUACAAUGAAAAGAUCUAUGAGCUUCGGGUAAUGGAGACCAAACCGGAUAAGGCUGUGUCCAUCAUAGAAUGCGAUAUGAACGUGGACUUUGAUGCUCCUUUGGGGUACAAAGAACCGGAAAGAAGUGUGCAACAUGAAGAGACCACAGAUGUUGAAGCAGACCAUAGUGGAUACGUGAGUGACAUAGGAUUUCGUGCGUUCUCUGGUUCUGGGAACAGACUGGAUGGCAAGAAGAAAGGUGUUGAGCCUAGUCCAUCGCCAAUUAAACCAGGAGACAUUCGAAGAGGAAUACCCAACUACGACUUCAAGAUCGGUAGAAUCACAUUCAUUAGAAACUCACGUCCGCUUGUUAAGAAAGUCGAAGAGGAUGAAUCUGGAAGCCGGUUUAUCGCCUUUUCAGGAGAAGGCCAGUCCCUGCGCAAAAAGGGAAGAAAACCCUAAGUUGUGGUACCUGUAGUCAAUUAGGAGGAAAAUAAACUAACAAUUGCAGCGUAUCAGAUCUUAGUUAUUGCAGCCGAGAGGAGAGGUUGUUUAGCAGCAGAGGAAUGCUUUUACUGGUUUUGGUUUCACAUUUAAAACCGGAGCUGUCAGGCUGUCCUAAUUUUCAACCGAAAAUUAAGGUCUAGGAAUUCUGAGAGUUUUCCGUUAUGUGUUGUAAAGAGGGAAAGUGUAUCUCGGAUAAAGCUGAGAAGUAAAACCGACAAGGUCUACUUUA